GAAAGAAAGAAAGAGGGAGGGAAGCGCUUCUCGCCGCUGCCGCUGGCUCCGCUUCAGCAAAGCUUUGAGGGAGUUGCAAACGCCGGAGGAGCGGCGGCGGCGGCGGCGGGAGAAAGCAGUGCAGCGUGUGUGUGUGCGCGCUGCUUGUGUGAUGAACGAGCCUCGCUUCCUGCCGUCUUCUGCCGGCUGAGACCUCUUGCACAGGGCUUUGGGUGGGUGGUCCAAGGAGCUGAGGAGAAGAGAGCCGCCGCUGCUGCUGCUGCUGCUGCUGUGCGCCGGGUGACCUUGGCCCAGGAGAGGCUAAUUGCUCUUCAAAAAAGUUACCAGGAGACCUAGCCUUAAGACAUGGCACAAGGAAAUAACUAUGGACAGAGCAACAAUGGGGUCGCUGAUGAAUCCCCAAAUAUGUUGGUGUACAGAAAGAUGGAAGAUGUCAUAGCUCGUAUGCAAGAUGAGAAAAAUGGGAUUCCUAUUCGUACAGUCAAAAGCUUUCUCUCCAAGAUUCCCAGUGUUUUCUCUGGUUCAGACAUUGUUCAGUGGUUAACAAAGAAUUUGUCGAUAGAAGAUCCAGUGGAAGCUCUUCAUUUGGGAACACUUAUGGCAGCCCAUGGUUAUUUCUUUCCUAUCUCAGAUCAUGUUCUAACUCUGAAGGAUGAUGGUACCUUUUAUCGGUUCCAAACACCCUAUUUUUGGCCAUCUAAUUGUUGGGAGCCGGAAAAUACAGAUUAUGCGGUUUACCUCUGCAAGAGAACAAUGCAAAACAAAGCACGGCUUGAGCUAGCAGACUAUGAAGCAGAAAGCUUGGCCAGGUUGCAACGAGCAUUCGCACGGAAGUGGGAAUUUAUUUUUAUGCAAGCAGAAGCACAAGCCAAAGUGGACAAGAAAAGGGACAAGAUAGAAAGAAAAAUCCUUGAUAGCCAGGAGAGAGCAUUCUGGGAUGUACACCGGCCAGUGCCUGGAUGUGUAAAUACGACUGAAGUUGAUAUUAAAAAGUCUUCAAGAAUGAGAAAUCCUCACAAAACAAGAAAGUCUGUUUAUGGAUUACAGAAUGAUAUUCGAAGUCAUAGUCCAACACAUACACCAGUGCCAGAAACAAAAGCUCCAACAGAAGAGCAAUUGUGUCAAGAGAUAAAAUAUUGGCAAAUGCAGCUAGACAAACACCGGUUAAAAAUGUCAAAAGUUGCAGAAAGUCUAUUAACUUACACCGAGCAGUAUGUGGAAUAUGACCCUUUCCUGCAGCCAUCUGAUCCCUCUAAUCCUUGGCUGUCAGAUGAUGCUACUUUCUGGGAAACAGAAAUAAGCAAAGAGCCACAUCAGCAAAGAGUAAAGCGAUGGGGUUUUCGCAUGGAUGAAGCUCUGAAAGACCCGGUGGGAAGAGAACAGUUCCUCAAAUUCCUGGAGUCUGAAUUUAGUUCAGAGAAUUUAAGGUUCUGGUUAGCAGUAGAAGAUCUGAAGAAGAGACCCAUCCGUGAGGUUCCUGUUAGAGUACAGGAAAUCUGGCAAGAAUUCCUUGCCCCUGGAGCACCAAGUGCCAUUAAUCUAGACUCAAAAAGUUAUGACAAAACCACACAGAAUGUGAAGGAAGCAGGGCGAUAUACAUUUGUCGAUGCUCAGGAGCACAUCUACAAGUUGAUGAAAAGUGAUUCAUAUCCACGGUUUAUACGAUCCAGUGCCUACCAGGAAUUACUGCAGGCCAAGAAGAAGUUGGGAAAUACACUGGAUCGCCGAACAUCAUUUGAGAAAUUCACACGGAAUGUGCAUAUAUGAUCAAGUUUCAACAAACUCCAGGCAUGGCUUGAGUCCAUCUGAAAUCUGAAAAAUAGCUAUUAAUUCAGAUGAGAUUUACGGGAACUACUAAGAACAGGGUUUGGAUGUCCAGUCUCCUCACCAGAAGUAUAAUUGGGAUUUGAUGAGAUGUGACAGUAAGGAUAGAAGAAAGGGGUAGGUUGUUGGGAGUUUUAUAUUAGCCAGUUCCUUUGCUUGUCAGGAUGUGAGAACCAAAUGUAAAUUAUGUAUCUUUAUGCUAGUGGAAGAACUAACACAAUGAGAAAUUCUAAAGAUGGUAACUCCACCCACUUAUUAAAAUUAGUGUAUCAAAUGCAUAAGCUCCAGCAGGUUUUCCUUAUAGAAUGUUUCCAGCAGUGGAUCAACAGCAGACGUUCAGUGAGAGAGAAAGUAUUGAGGUGUAUGAAAAAUGACCCUUCUAAUACUAUGUAUGUCACUAGGAAUUGUCUCCUUUUUAAUUAACACAGUGUUUUCUUCCUUUAAUCAAUCUAUUGAUCAUGAAGUUCUAAGAAACAUGAGGAACAUCAAAUAACUAAUUAGGUUUAUAAAAACAUUCCACUCAAUGAAAUGAAUACCAUUUUAAUCUUAUUGUCCUAUUGUUUACUUUCCUUUGCAGAUAUACUUGUAUUAUAUACACUGAUGCCCAUUCUCUGAUUACUGGGCUUCUGUACAAUUGGCUACUAUUAUAAAAACCAGAUACAACUUUAUCUGAUGAGGCAAUUUGGUAGAUAGCAUUACCAGCUGACAUGGCAUACUAACAGCAAAGGAAUCUCCCUAGAGUUAUCUUUUGGCAUCACAAGAUAAUUUGAGUGUGGACGUGGUUUAUUUCAGAAUUUGUGAAAUGGGUGUGAUAGCUUCAAAUAUCUUGUUGAUCUCAGUGUCAAGAAAGUAUAGUUUAGUGUAAUUAUAUAUGAACUUAGAGUAGAAAUUAGAAAAAGGAGAGUUAUAGAAAUUACCUGGAUAAUUUCCAUUAGUGACUCUGAAACUAUCGGGUUUUGGAACUGUAAAACCUCUGUGGUUUUGUAGAAAUAUAUAAAUUGGUGCUGCCCAUUGCUUUCAGCUCUACAUUCUACAUCAUAUGAGAAAUUCAAAUGAUUUUGUUUUUCUCAUCAUAACAACCAUUUGCUAUAUCAUUGAGAUGUCAUUAAUACUUGGCAUUAUUGCUAAUAUAUACAAGUGAUAAUCAUCAAAAGAAAGGAAAGAUCGGAUCUGAUGAUUUUAUAACAAUGUAGAAUUGAUGUUGGGGGGAUUAUAUGCAUUUAAUUAUCAUCAUCAAUAUAAAUGAUGGAUUGCAUUUAAAACGUAAGCCAUCUCAGCAAUAGUGCAUAGUGAAUUAGCCAUUUGAUUGUUUCAACUCAUUGCGUUAAAAUUCAGGGUUUCAUAAUGAAGCUUAGAUCUUCAUUGCUGUCUUCAGAACAUUGAACCUGACAUUUGGACAUUAACAUCAGAUAAAGGGAAAUCUGAAAAUGUGCAGGUGAAAUUGGAUGUUUUUUAGAAUGUAAUUUUAAUGGCUUCCACCGGAUGAAGUGUGAGAGUUCCAAGAAAGUGGUGGUUUUUCAAUCAAGCCUGUGUUGAUCAAAACAGGUCUAUCUCCCCUGAGUUCUUUGCAUUUGGUUCUGAUUCCCUUGAUGAUGAUUGGAAACUGGUUUGGUGAACCAAUUCCAGUGAAUCCCCUCCAGAGGUGGGAUUCACAUACCUUCCCUACCGGUUCACAAAUGUGAGUGUGUGCUUUGCUUGCACAAGCCACCUCUGCGCAUGUACACAGCCUUCUGCGCAUGUGCAGUAGUCGUGCAUUAUGUCCAGGUGGAGUGGGCAGAGCCUCCCGCAGUCACUGCUACUGGUUCAUGAGAUCCGAACGGAACCAGCUGAAUCCCACAACUGAUCCUCUCAUUUUAGGUGGUCUAAAGUUCCACCUAUGCAGUUGUGCCUGAAAUAACAUGAAUGUCUUGCUUGAUACUGCAGCCACCAAGUGAUAUGCUGCUCAUAUCUGAAAGAACCCAAGGACAGGCAACCCAUAUUUAAGGUCACGAUGUGAAAAAUUGUUAGCCGGACAAGUAGGUGCUUGGUAAUGAACUGGGUUUUCAGUGAACAUGCCUCUGUCUUCUGUUUUCUUCUGUUUGUUUGUUUCUAUCUUUUCCUCAGGGGAAAUCGCUUACAUCAAAGAGAUUAACCAGUCUAGUGCAGUCCUACUAAAAGGAUCAUCUUGUAGCAUGGAAGCAGACUCAGUCAUUAUACAUACUUCGUAGCUCACUAAUUGCCUGAAAUCAGAGGACAAUAGAACAAGAUGUUGCAUGAGCAAGGACCUGACCUGUUUUCUUUUGUGUAUAUCAAGGCAUUACAGACUCCAAGGAACUCACUACUGUAAUCUUUUGAUGCCUCCAUUUUGAAAAGUCUCUGCUCACUUUCGCCUUCAUAUCAAGCUGGAUCUGUGUCUAUUUAUUUUCUGCAAUUUCCAGUACAGUUUUUUUUUUAAAAAAGCUUCUGUUAGGCACAAUUUAUUUACAAUGCUGUCAUUCACAAACUGGAAGACAUGUACAAAAAAAGAAUAUAUUAAUAAAUAUACCUAAUAUGGCAUCACAGCUAUUGCACAAUAAAUUAGCACAGAAGGUUCUGUCUCACAGAUGUAUUCACAUCAAGAAAGAAAGUCUGUGUCUUUGUCCGUUGUCUGUAAAUUCUGUUAAUGUUUCUUGCAUUUAUUUUUAUACCAUAUUUUAAGGGGGAAAAAAGAAAUCCUUUUAUUCCAAAUGUAUUAAAACUGAUCUUUUCUCUGUAAAUUUGUGUAUGUUUAUAUUGUUGUUUUAUCUUUCAUUAAAAUAUGCAGAAUCUC